AUGGAGGCCGUGCUAGAGCAGGUGGAGCAGUUGCCUGCGCUCCUGGCCGUAUCCCGCUCCGCGCUGGUGCGCGACUGGGACUCCUUGACCCUGGACAGGGCUUUAGAGUGGGCCCGCUAUUUCCAGCACCUCCAUGACCGCUUCCGCACCCGGUCUCGGCUCCGGGAGGCCCUCGGGCGGCGGCUGCGGCGGGGUCAGCCGAGCCCUCUGCUCGGCUUCCCCCACUUGGGACGCUGCCCGCAGCUGCUGGGCCUGGCGCUGCUGGAGAACCGCGCUCUGCCGCCCGCCGCCUGCCGCCGCCUGCUCCACAGCCUGCUGCAGCCCGUCGGCGCGGCGGCCGGCCCCGAGUCCCGCGACCUGGCGCUCCUCGCCCGCCGGAAGGCCGCCUCCUGCCUUAUGGGGCUGCCCCGCCACCCGCCGCGGGCCCCGUCGGCGAUGGAGCCGCAGCUGCAAGCGGAGGCGCAGCUGCUGGUGACCCGGCUGCGAGAGGAAGGGCAGGAGGUCGAGCCGGCUGGAGGGGCUGCGGGGCAGCUGCCCUGGCUGGCCGGUGUCCUGGAGCAGCUCCCCCAGUCCCGGGCUUUCGGGGUGGUGGCGGCGGCGUUGCUCUUGCUGAGGCAGGGGAGCGUCGCUGAGCAGGCCGGGGACAGGGAUCAGGAUGGGAACAGACUAGACACAAACCAGGCGAGUGCAACGGGAGAGGAAUGCGUUGCCGGUUACCUGCUUUCCUGGCUUCUGGAGAAGCCAGGGCGAUUUUCUGCCUUCUGCCUUUUCCUGCCUGGCUCCCUUCUUGCCUCCCUAGCUGGUCACUACUCCCAGUUAAGCAGACCUUAUUUGGACCUCUUAACCAGCUGGGGAAGCCACUUGUUCUAUGACCCAUUUCAGGGACAGUGGGUUAAAAGUUGUCCUGACAAAGCUGAAUUGUCCUGGGAGGAGCUGAGGGAGCGCUUCAGCUGCCUCUGUCAGGGAUCUGUGCUACUCAGGGGACAGACCCAAGCUGCUCUGAAACUGCUGAAGGCACAGGAUGGAGACUUCAAUGUUCGUGGCCUAAGUGUCUGGACUGACCUACUGAUGGGAGUAGAGGAAUAUCUGAGGAAAGAAGCAGAGUGCUAGUGUGUGAACGUAAAAGCAACAUGAAAACUUCUGAAAUCUAGCAAAUCUGCUUACCUCUAUUUGAUAGAAGAGCAAGAAAACUGUACCUCACUUGGGGUUGAAAACCAAGCGUUGUGACUGUUGAUCACACUGCUUCUGACUGCAUGUCAAAUCUCUCAGGGAGGCCUGGUGCUCUCUUGGAAUUUCACUGUUAAUUUUGGUCACUGCAUGAAACGUUUUUCUUUUCCGUACUUGCUGCUCACCUAAUAAAAUGAAGAAAAUGCUUUCUGUUUCAA